UCUAACUAACUUGACAGUGUUGCGCUGAUCUCCGUACACAACAAUGUAGAUCCAGGUAGCCCUCAUGACAUCACACUGCUUGUUUCCUAUCUUGUUCCCUUAUGGACGUUUAUUCAUCACUUCGUCUCGCGCCCUCCGGAGUCUCGCGGACUGGGACCCAUGUGGACGCCGAUGAGACAGGAAGACUGCCAACACUACCGGGGAUGAAAUGGUCGUGUUCGUUCUGAAUCUCAUUCUCUCGGUUACAUCCAGGCGUCGUCAUUGAACUUUUUAUUUUAAUUUUUUAAAAAUGAGGAUCUUCGUGUCUCUGCUGAAAAACGCGACUCCCAAAAUCGAGUAUUACUCCAGAUUUUCCCCGUCCCCGCUCUCCAUUAAGCAGUUUUUGGAUUUCGGCAGGAACAAUGCUUGUGAAAAAACGUCCUACAUGUUCCUGCGUAAGGAGCUGCCGGUGCGGCUGGCCAACACCAUGAGAGAGGUCAACCUGCUGCCUGAUAAACUGCUGAGCCAGCCCUCCGUCAGACUGGUGCAGAAAUGGUACAUGCAGAGCUUUGUGGAGCUGCUGGAUUAUGAGAACAGGAAACCAGAGGACUGCCAAGCUUUGAAUGACUUCCUGGAGUUGUUGAUUGAGAUCCGUAACCGUCACAACAACGUGGUUCCCACCAUGGCUCAGGGAGUCAUCGAGUACAAGGAGAAGUUCGGCUUUGACCCCUCCAUCAGCAGCAACGUGCAGUACUUCCUCGACCGCUUCUACACCAACCGCAUCUCCUUCCGCAUGCUCAUCAACCAGCACACUCUCCUGUUUGGCAACGACACCAACCCUGCCCUCCCAAAGCACAUAGGCAGUAUUGAUCCCGCCUGCAGUGUGGCUGAAGUCGUCAGUGAUGCCUACGACACAGCCAAGAUGCUGUGCGAGAAGUACUACUUGGCUGCUCCCGAGCUGAAGAUUGAGGAGUUCAACAUGAAGGCCCCCGAAAAGCCCAUCCAGGCGGUGUAUGUGCCCUCUCAUCUGUUUCACAUGCUGUUUGAACUCUUCAAGAACUCAAUGAGAGCCACAGUGGAGCUCCAUGAGAACAGUGAAGAGGGAUUACCGCCAGUCAAGGCAAAGGUCACUCUGGGCAAAGAGGAUCUUUCCAUAAAGAUCAGUGACAGAGGAGGAGGAGUUCCUCUGAGGAAGAUCGACCGUCUGUUUAACUACACGUACUCCACUGCUCCUACACCCAGCCUGGAGCCGGGAGUUGUCCCAUUGGCUGGUUUUGGCUACGGUUUGCCAAUUUCUAGGCUCUAUGCCCGAUACUUCCAGGGGGACCUGAAACUUUACUCCAUGGAUGGCGUUGGCACUGAUGCUGUAAUCUAUCUGAAGGCCCUUUCCAGCGAGUCCUUCGAGCGGCUGCCUGUCUUCAACAAGUCGGCGUGGCGGCAUUAUAAGACCACCCCCGAGGCCGACGACUGGAGCAACCCCAGCAAAGAGCCGCGCGAUGCCAUGCCAUCUGAUGUGCAAAGAAAGAAGUGUAGAUGAAGAACACAGUAUGGAAAGCGCCCCCCAUCCUGUAGCGUUUCCCCCGCCUUUCAGCCUCACUGAAAGGUUUCACCACUGCCAAAGCCUUCGUAACCUGCCAAGUCUCACUGCGUGAUGCUCAAAGUUCACACCUUCGUGAAAGCUUCAAUUCCAGUUGUGUGAUUUAGAGUACUCAACCUUUACUGUUAAAGACUGUCUUCUGUUCCUCUGGUAUAUUAGAAAAUAUCACGUAUACAACUGUUGAUGAUGUGUUUGCUGUACAUGAAGCCAGUGUGGAGCGAUCGCUCUGUUUUUCUAUCCUACUGUACCUCCAGCUUAAACAGACGUAUGCUCGCUGCGGAGGUGGGUCACACGAAGAUAUGCAAUUAAUGCGACAUCCAAAAAAAAGGUGACGGGGCAGUUUAGUUAAUGUGAUUCAGCAUGAGCUCAACUUGUCAAACCCGACAAUAAAGAAAACUGCUUUUGUGUGCGAAAUGCAGUUUGACUCGCA